GCUACUUUCUCCUCCGCAGCACCUCCACAUCUUGUAGGGAAUGAGGUUGAAAUAUAGGACAUUCAUACCAUAACAAACACUGCAUAUAUAGGGAAGUAUGACAAAUAUGUAGAACUGUCAGUUUCAGUGUUGAUGUGACUUGUCUUUUCGUGAGGCAGAUACCUCCUGUUUCCUAGCACUCUGAAACUGAAUUCACUCACUCAAAACGAGCCCAGACUUACAAGCGAUGGAUCGAACACCACAAAGCGGAUAGAUACGCCGACUGAGUAGGAUUGUCGAGUUACAGGAACAGCAAAGAAAAGCAUGUGAUAUAAUCAGAAAUGGACAGAAGUGUUCCGUUGCUCCAGAGGAAAGUAAAAUAUAUGAUCAAGGAUGAAAAUGUGGUUACCAGAAAAGUUUGCCGACAGCGUCCUGCAACGAGAAUACUGUUCCAAUCAGACGAAAUUUUUCUGAAAAAUUUCCUAACUCCGUCAGCUCGCUUAGCACCGAGUCACACCUGCAGCAACGCAACGGGUGUUUUUCGACGUCCCCUCCAUGCAGGUUAUGUCGGAUUUAUCCGGUUCUCCACGUCAUGCAGGGGACCGUGACUAUCCACCACUGCCCUCUGCUCCCUCUCCCGGGCAAGUCCUAUACAACAGUGAGGACCACUGUGACGUUAUCCUUUUGGUUGGACAAGGGGAGAAGUGCUGGCGCUUUCCUGGUCAUUCGUUUAUUUUGUGCUCAGCUUCUCCUGUGUUUCAGUCGCUUUUGGCGCGUGAGGUGACAAAUGGAGACUCUGUUAGUAUCCUGAAGAUCGAAGAUGUUGAACCGUGUAUCUUCGAAAUCCUUCUAAGGUAUGUAUAUCGUGGAGCGGAUGAGGUGAACCUUAAUUCGGAUCAGACAACAAUGCAGCUGCUUACCGCGUCCAAAAAAUAUCUGUUACAGGAACUGUCUACCAUCUGCCUCAAGUACCUGUGUGAUCAUGUAACAAAGGAAAAUGUACUUGGGAUAUUAAGCUAUUUGAAAAGAUUAUCAGGUAGCAGCGGUCACGACGAAGGGCAAAAUUUGCAAAACGAACUAUUAAACAAAUGUGUUUCUAUCAUUGAUGCCCACAGUGAUUACGUGCUACUCAGUGGCGCUUUUGAGAAUCUGGAGAAGGAGAUCGUGAUGGAUAUUGUUGCUCGGGAUACCAUCCAAGUACACUCAGAGCUAACAGUUUUUAACGCUUUGAUGAACUGGGCUUGCCAAGAAUGUAAACGCCAGAAAAUAGAACUUACUUCUAUGAACAAGAGAGCAGUUUUAGGAAAACUUUUAUAUUAUGUUCGGUAUUUGGUGAUGAGUUUGGAGGAGUUUAGUUUGGGACCGGCCAUCUCUGGAGCCCUUAGUGAGGAGGAGAAAAAUAGCUUGACGAAACGUCUUAAGGGAGAUUGCCUCUGUCCUCUACCCGAUCAACUAAACGGGAGACGACAAACAAUUAAGCGGCAGGGCUCUGCAGUUGCCGUCAGCACGACCGGUUCUUGUCAUCUUGGUGCCGCCGGUCCUUCCGCUAUUUCGCAGCCACCCUGUAAAACAAAGAAAAAGAAAAAAGCAACUCAGAAACUGGUCGAAGGUUUAGGCGACUUUUUCAUUUACGCUAUCCAGCUACUAGACUGAUUAAUCAUGUUAGUUGGAUUACUACAUUACUUCAACAUGUUAUAUUAAAAUGGGUGAAUUACUACAUUACUUAAAGAUGUUAUAUUAAAAUGGGUUUUGUAAAAAUAUACCCAUUUUAAACUAAUAUUUGACACUUUAUUCUUCAUGGAAGUAUUUUGAAACUUAAGCUAAAAACUAACUACAUUUGGGACAAUUCACAGAAAGCAGGAGUUUACAUGAAGCCUUACGUCUUACUGUAAGUUUGGAUUUGUCCAAUAAGAAAAAAAAUCACAUUGUAAUCCAGGUCUUUAUGAAAAAAUCGCAUGAAAAUCAAGGUUUUUAUUACAACCGUACAUGGUAAGCCAGGUCUUUAUGUAACACUUGUAUGGAAAUCCAGGUAUUUAUGAAAAUCCCACAUGAUAAUUCAUGUCUUUAUUAAAAACUUACAUGGAAAUCUAGUCAUUAUGAAACUUCUACACCAACUACUAUGACCUGUUAUGACUGAAUGAAUAUCACAGUUUUGGGGAGUUUAAAUACUUUUUCAGUACCACUAAUACAAGCUUUUACCCGACUUAAGAGAGGGGUAUAAAAUUGUGACAAUGUAAAAACCCUUUUCCAACUAUUUCUUUAUCCCUAAGAUAUACAACACACAAUAGAUAGUAGCAUGAUUGUGUUAGAUUGAUAAUACAUUAGGCUUAAAAAUUGCGCUAUGGAAACGUAAAAUAUAAAAUGUUAGCGUAAACUUUUAUUACAAUGAAAAAAGCUACGUCUACUUGUGUAUGUUGUUGUACGGAGACUACAUACUGUAUUAAACUUGUCGAUAGUUUUGGUUAUACAAAAUUAGUAAUAAAUAACGUUAAUUUUGGGACAAUUCGUUUUAAACUAAAACUGAAACCCAAAUCAUUCGUUAUAUAGACUUAAAAUAUAGCUUAAAUUUAUUGUUGACUUUUAUUUAUUAGAUGAAAAUGCUAAUGUGAAAAGAUUAUAAUAAUUGAAAAAGAUUCAUUUGAAAAAAUGUGAUUAUCAAGAAUAUUUACACUUAAUGCUGUUGUUCUGUUGGAGUUUCGAACAAGUACAUUUUCAACGUGAUCUUAGAUUUUAAACUAACAAACUGCUUUUAAGUCAUAUCAUAUUGAAUUAACUUAGGCUUAGAAAUUAGAUAAAUUACUACUAAAUAAAUAGGAGAGCCUGAACACUUUUUGGAAGAUCUGCCUUCCACAACUACUAUGUUUCUAUAAUUUAUAAUAUUGUGCAUACACCUCUGAGUUGACUUCCUUUAGGUAUGGUGUAUUAGUUUAAUAAAGGUUAGAGUUAGUGUAAAGGUUGAAAAGUUUAGAGGCGACUUAGUACAUAGUGUUGAAUGUGUAGAGGUUGAAAAGUUUAGAGGCGACUUAGUACAUUGUGUUGAAUGUGUAGAGGUUGAAAAGUUUAGAAGCGACUUAGUACAUAGUGUUGAAUGUGUAGAGGUUGAAAAGUUUAGAGGCGACUUAGUACAUGAUGUUGAAUGUGUAGAGGCUAAAAAGUUUAGAAGCGACUUAGUACGUAGUGUUGAAUGUGUAGAGGUUGAAAAGUUUAUAAGCGACUUAGUACAUGGUGUUGAAUGUGUAGAGGCUAAAAAGUUUAGAAGCGACUUAGUACAUAGUGUUGAAUGUGUAGAGGUUGAAAAGUUUAUAAGCGACUUAGUACAUGGUGUUGAAUGUAUAGAGGUUGAAAAGUUUAGAGGCGACUUAGUACAUAGUGUUGAAUGUGUAGAGGUUGAAAAGUUUAGAAGCGACUUAGUACAUGGUGUUGAAUGUGUAGAGGUUGAAAAGUUUAGAAGCGACUUAGUACAUAGUGUUGACUGUGUAAAGAUUGAAAAGUUUAGAAGCGACUUAAUACAUAAUGUUUUGUGUUGUAGUCACAACUUAAGCUGUGGGAAGAAAUCGAUAAUCGUUUACAUGUGAUUCUUACCUCACAAGUAAACACGAAAAAUGUUGAUUCGGGGUGAAGAGCUAAUACACAAUCCACAGUGAACUGUGUACAGAGUUGUAGAACAUGAAUCGUAGCUAGUAAAGCAGCCUUACCAGUAAUUUGUUUUAUUUUAACCCCGUACUUCGUUAACUGAUGUUAUUUUAUUUGAAUCAGUUGUUUUUCGUGAACAGGCUGAAUGUUCACUAGAAGUUGCUUUUUUGUGAUCACGUGAGCUUUGUUGUAGUAAUGUGAUAUGUUAGUAAUGUAGCUUUAAUGGCGAAUGAUGGUUUGGUAUAUCGAGCAAGUUUACCAAUGUUACACUCGUAGGUUUUAAGCAACUAGCUGAAUGUUCACUAGAAGCUGCUUUUUUUGUGAUCACGUGAGCUUUGUUGUAGUAAUGUGAUAUGUUAGUAAUGUAGCUUUAAUAGUGAAUGAUGGUUUGGUAUAUCGAGCAAGUUUACCAAUGUUACACUCGUAGGUUUUAAGCAACUACGUGGGUUGUGGUGUAUACAUAUAUUUGUUAUUCUAGUGUUUGUAAACACUGCUGUGUUGCAUUAUGAUCACACCGUUUCGUGAUUGUGAGUUAAACGCACAUAGAUUCUCUUCACAUUGGAGGCCUAGUGGCGGUCUAUGAAUCCGAGGGUUCAUGGUUGGCGUCUCGUUGUAGUAAAAUCGUUCUUCACACUUUUGGACCGUAACCACGUUAUAAGAGUGAGAGUCAAGUCCAACUAUUCGAUUAGAAUAGCUCAAGAGUUGGCGGUGGAUUCUAUUAACUAGCUGUCUUUCUUCCUAGUCUGUAAGUGCAAAAUUAUGGACGGCUAGGCCAGAUAGUCCUCGUGAAGCUUUGCGCGAGAAUCCGAAACAAACAGACUUCACGUUGGAACAAUAUUUAAGCCCAAACAUUUGCAAAGUGACACCUGGAUCAUUAACUGGAAAUUAUUUUAGUUGUGCAGCAGUUAUGUGAUUAACCGAUAGGAGCGAGGACAACAGCAUUUUCUAUAAAAUAAAUGUGGAACGUGACUCAAGAACCAUAAAGUAAUUCGUGCUGGCCAUUAUCUGUCCAACAUUUUGACUUAUAUCUUAACAACCAUAAGUAAUUUGUGCUGGCCAUGGCCAUUAUCUGUCCAACAUUUUGACUUAUAUCUUAACAACCAUAAGUAAUUUGUGCUGGCCAUGGCCAUUAUCUGUCCAACAUUUUGACUUAUAUAUUAACAACCAUAAAGUAAUUCGUGUUGGCCAUUAUCUGUCCAACAUUUUGACUUAUAUCUUAUCAACCAUAAAGUGAUUUGUGCUAGCCAUUAUCUGUCCAACAUUUUGACUUAUAUCUUAACAACCAUAAAGUAAUUUGUGCUGGCCAUGGCCAUUAUCUGUCCAACAUUUUUACCCAUUAAAAUAUAUUUCUUCCAGUAAUUUUUUACAUGUUGAAAACGUAAUGUAGAGGUACAAUAAAUGUUUUUUAUUUUUAAUUUACUUGUAUUUUUUGUUAAGAGGUAGAGAAAGGACUUUGGUCGUUUUGGGUUUUGUAAAUUUUACUGCGGCGGAACGUUUACUUAAUUGUUGUGAUUUUGAUUUGUAACUUUUAUGCAUUUUCUAAACUAAAGCAACAACUUCUCAAAGCAAGAUACUAUAUGAAAUUAUCUACAUAAUUUAUCAAGUUAUUACUGAUCUACAUAGUUAGCUUGCCUCAUCAGGAAUUAUGGGAGCUUCAUCUGUUUUAAAUCGAUAUCGGUGGAAACUGAAUAUCGAAAUAAACUCCUGAAGAAAUAGUAUAAUAUCGUCACGUGAAAAUAAUGUUAUUUUAUAUAAAUCAAAGGAUUGUUCUAACGAAAUCUAAUUUGGCACUUGUUAUAUAAUACGGUUUAACGAACGCUUCCCGUUUACGCGCUCCCAACUUGUUAUAUUUUGUUCAGCCUGUUUACAAAUGUUUGAGUUAGUUUGAUACACACAAUGAUACUACAUCUCGUGUCUCCUAUAAUUCUGUACACAUACACACAAUGAUACUACGUCUCCUGUCUCCUAUAAUUCUGUACACAUACACACAAUGAUACUACGUCUCCUGUCUCCUAUAAUUCUGUACAUACACACACAAUGAUACUACAUCUCCUGUCUCCUAUAAUUCUGUACACAUACACACAAUGACACUACAUCUCAUGUCUCCUAUAAUUCUGUACACAUACACACAAUGAUACUACGUCUCCUGUCUCCUAUAAUUCUGCACACAUACACACAAUGAUACUACGUCUCCUGUCUCCUAUAAUUCUGUACACAUACACACAAUGAUACUACAUCUCCUGUCUCCUAUAAUUCUGCAGAUCAUUUCGGAACUAAAAAAAUAGUAAUUAUAAAGGACAAUAAUUCUGUAUUUGUCAACAAAACAAACAGGAACAAUUUAAGUAUUGCUAACUACUGUGUACCGGUAAAUUAAUCAUCAUUUGUUGGCAUAUAUCAGGCGAGCUACCGAUUUGUCUUCGACAUUAACUCGUUAGUAAAUGAUAAGUUUUACGUAAACAUCGCUGCUUUUAUAUGUAUAUAAAUAUUACGCUGAGAAAAUGAAUUUUCAAGCUUUGUAGCAUUGUAAAAAUAUAUUACCGUGAUAUUGUUUUGUGGUUGUUACUUGAACCAACUUAGAAAGUUUAAUCCUUUACUGUAUGUUCAAAAUAAUCGUUAAGAAUGAUUGAUGUUGCUUGUAAACAUAUUUGUAAAUUUCCUUUGACAUAUUUAUAUUGCAUAAAUUUUAUAUUUUGUUUGAAAUGCCAUAUUAUAUCUGUAUUGUUGUGCUGGUUGUGGCAAGUAUUAUAUCUGUAUUGUUGUGCUGGUUGUGGCAAGAGCUUAUUUCUGGUUCAUCACACUAGGAUAACUUUUAACUUAUUGUUGGCUAAGUGGUCUUUCUAAGCUAUAUAGAAAGCCACCUGGCUUAAGAUAUGCCAAAUGGAGCAAAAGUAAAGCUCAUAAACGAAGCACUAGCCAACAGUGAGUCAAAUUUUCAAGCAGUAUAUAUAUAUAUUUAGUUGACUUAUUGUUACUUCAUGAUAUUUUGCUUUUAUAUGCAUGCUACUGUAGCAAGUGUAAGCCGGUGAAUAAAAAAUUUGCUGAAAAA